AUGACCUGCUCCCAACAGCGCCUGCCGCAACUACAGCUCCACUGGGCGCUGCGUUUCUCCGCCUACAAGAAGCUAAUGCGUUUUGGAAACUACUGGUACGGAACUACUGGUGCUUCCGGCAUUGUUACCAAGCUACCAUUUGGAUUAUUUUUGAAAUAUAGUGCCAAUAUUGAAUGCGUUCGAAAUGAAUUCAACGCUCUUGAUGUUGUUGGCAAGAAUACAGGCGUACCCGUGCCACGUGCGUUGGACUUUGCAUCCAAGUGGAUUACAGGCAACAGCGAACUUCUUCCUCAGGGCUAUUACAGAUCGUAUAUGCUUACUUCUGAGUUGCCGGGAGCCGCAUUAUCGCUUUGCAUGGAUGCAAUCUCAGAUGCUGACUACCAGCGAAUUCAGCUACAACUCCAAGCCUACGUCAGCCAGAUACGGGAUAUCCCCAAGACGGUCAACCCUGAUUUCGCCAUCUGCGAUACCCGAGGGGAGGCUUGCCGAGACCCCCGGAUCGGAGAUUUCACACCGAUUGGUCCGUUUAAAGAUGAAGCCGCCUUUAGUCAGGAGCUGCGCUUCCCGGACGAGCCAAGCCGACGAGGCCAUAAAAUCGUCUUUACGCACGCUGAUCUCAAUCCCCGUAACAUCAUUGUCAACCAAGUCAAGGAUGCAACGGGUACGCUGCACUGGGAGGUCUCCGGAAUCGUGGACUGGGAGGCGGCCGGCUACUACCCAGAGUACUGGGACUGCACAAAGUCCAUGUUUGAGGGGUUCCGGUGGCCACGUAGGCACAAUGAUACUAUGAAGCGUGUCUUUGCAAAAUUUGGAGACUAUUCGGCUGAGCUAGAGCUGGAGACAAAAGCCUGGGAAUCAGGCGACGGCGUCUAA